CCACUUCUAGCUGUCAAUCAAUACCUUGUUCAAUUCCUCCUGAUCACUUUUCAUUACUCAAAUCAAUACGAAGGGAUAGUCGGAGAGCAGCCACCAAAAUGGCCCCUUCUCUCGAGGAGCCGACAAUGGCUUACUUCGAAGCGCCUUCUAAGAUGGCACCGAAUCUUGUCGCUCCCGAACCAGAGCACUGCCCUGGUCCUGAAUCCGAACAAGCUGGUCAAGGUGAUGCUUGUGCCGGCUGCCCGAAUCAACAGAUCUGCGCCUCCGCUCCCAAGGGCCCCGAUCCCGACAUUCCUAUCAUCACCGAACGGCUAUCGCAGAUACGGCAUAAGAUCCUCGUAUUGUCCGGCAAAGGUGGCGUGGGUAAAUCAACAUUCACCUCCCUACUCGCCCAUGCGUUUGCUGCGAACCCCGAGUCGACCGUCGGCGUCAUGGACACAGACAUCUGCGGGCCGUCCAUUCCCAAAAUGAUGGGCGUUGAGGCGGAGACCAUCCAUGUGAGCAACGCAGGCUGGAGCCCCGUAUGGGUUACGGAUAAUCUGGCUGCGAUGAGUGUACAAUUUAUGCUGCCCAACCGGGACGAUGCGGUGAUUUGGAGAGGACCCAAGAAGAAUGGACUCAUCAAGCAGUUCCUGAAGGAUGUGGACUGGGGUGAGAUGGACUACUUGAUCAUCGAUACGCCGCCCGGAACAUCAGAUGAGCACUUGUCCGUCAACUCGCUGUUGAAAGACUCUGGUGUCGACGGUGCGGUGGUGGUCACCACCCCUCAGGAAGUCUCUUUGCUGGACGUGCGGAAGGAAAUCGACUUCUGUCGCAAGGCUGGAAUCCGCAUUCUGGGGUUGGUCGAGAACAUGUCGGGCUUUGUCUGUCAAAACUGCAACACAAAAUCGCAAAUUUUCCGAGCUACCACCGGGGGCGGAAAACGUCUUGCCAAGAAGAUGGGUAUCCCUUUCCUGGGCGCUGUACCGCUCGACCCUAGAGUUGGCAUGGCCUGUGAUUACGGUGAAAGCUUCGUGGAUAAUUUCCCAGACAGCCCAGCUUCAAAGGCCAUCAAGCAGGUCGUGCGUUCGGUCGCGCAAUUUAUUGGGGAGGAGCCGGACGACGUCCUGCCGGAGGACACGGUCGAGUAGAAGUACUGUCUCUUUUCUUUCAUGUCUAUCAGCGCGGUGCAUUUGGGACAGCAUGUAAGGGGAUUCACACGAUUUGCUAUCAUUCCUGGGCGUUUGGGCAUAGAUGCAGUUAUUCUUGAUACCAGAUUAUUUCGAAGGCAC